AGACUAUAGAUAAUAUUUAUCCCAGUAAUUUAAAAAAUAUGCUUGACGAUGAAAAAUUUAUGGCUGUAAUGGCCCAGAUAACAGAGGCCCUUCAAAAAGUUCCACAUCAUACUAAACGACAAUAUCCAAAUUAUAAUAGCAAAUUUUACAAUAGGAAGAUAGUUCCUAAUGACGGUAACUAUUAUAAAAGGUCCGAAAUCGCUGAUAAUAGCCUACCGACAACUACUACUAGAAAAUACAAUAACGAUUUUAAAACAUCAAGUACCUUAUCAACAACAAGUUCAUUCUCUACGUCCUUUCAUGAGGAUAUUGAUUUGACAAACCCAUUAUCAGAUGAUUUUACUGACUUGUUUAGUGAAAAGGAGUUGCAUGUUUUGCAGUAUACAAAAUCAUCUCAUUUACAGCAAUUACUAAAAGAGGAGGAGGAUGAAGAAGAAAUUUUAAGAAUGGAAGAGAGAAAAAGAGCAUUUAUGGUGUCUUCUCCACUUAACUACGAUAUUAAAAACUACUACAAUGAUUUUAGUACUUGUCUUCAAAGAAGAAUUGAGGCACAAGUCAAAAAGGUUGCAAGAUCGAGAUCAACUAAAAAGGCUCCUUCUUCAGUAAGUUUAUAGUUUUUUGUUUGUUUGUUUGUUUGUUUGAUAAUAAUCAUUCUUUCUGUUUUCAUAUCUUUGGACUUA